UGACGGUUCUUUCAUGUGAAGGCUUACAUGCCUGGAAAAUCAGGCACUGAAGCCGCCUGAAGCUUGGGAUAUAACUUUGUCACUCUUCCCCCUUGCAUCUGAUCGAUCACAUGACAACUGAGCUUAUUAUCCUGCUGUCAAAGUUCUGCCUUUCUAUCUUUCUUCCUCAAGCACCUUUGAUGUUCAUUUAGUCAUGUCUUAUUUCUUCCCACCCCGGCAAUCUUCCCAGCUAGAUGGUCACGAGAUAAUGGCAACCGAGAUUGAGCUACUAGAUCGACAUCGAACAGUCUAUCGUUUCAAACUUGAGCCAGGCUCAUAUCGGCAUACAAUUCCCAAGACAGCCACCUCUGUUAUUGUUAAGCAACAGAAAGAUGAAUGGGAAGAAGAGUUCAAGGAUGAGCAGAGGGCCUACAACAGAUUAAAGAAGCUCCAGGGGAAAGUGAUUCCAUACUUUUAUGGUCGGGGUCAUUUUGAUGGACGACCUGCACUCGUAUUAUCAGAUGUUGAUGGGAUUACUUUAGAUGAAUUAGCCCGCAGCAACUACGAGGUCCCCGAGGAGACAUUAAGAUCUUCUCUGGAGGAAGUCUUUAGUGAGUUUUCGAAGCAUGGAGCUUUGUACCGAGACCAGAAGCUGGAUAACUUCUUGUUGUGUGAUGGCAAAGGCCGCGAGAAGAGCAGAGUGAUGGUUGUUGAUCUCGAGCAGACGUAACCCCGGGCGCGAAUCAUCUCCACUUGAGUUCUGGAUGUCUGGGCAUGAUAAGGGUGUCUCCCUCAGCGAGCUAAAUGAUUUUGCACGCGAUCUGUCAAGAAAGUCUUG